UGAGAAUGCCCACAAACUGAGGCCAUAUGAUGAUGCGCGUGCGGGAGCCGUGUAUAUGCUUAAUCCCAUUUCCUUAUCCGGGGUUCGUUCUGGAGCCGCGCCAUUGGCUGGCUGCCGUCACGUGUCUUUCUUAACUUUGUUCACUUGACAGAAAAGUAGGAGGGUUCAACGGAACAGGAAUAACCGAAGAGUAAAGGGAUGAGAUAUAAAUUUUAGUUAUAUAUUUUCCGAGUAGGUGCAAUUCCACAAAAAGACUGAAAUUAAUGGCCAUGAGCUCCUAUUUGAUCAACUCCAACUAUGUGGACCCGAAGUUCCCACCGUGCGAGGAAUACUCACAGAGCGACUAUCUACCCAGCCACUCUCCGGACUAUUACAGCUCCCAGAGGCAGGAGCCUGCUGCCUUUCAUCCGGACUCUGUCUACCACCACCACCAUCCACACCACCCACACCACCAGAACCAACAGCAGCAGCAGCAGCAGCGAGGCGAGCCGCCGUACACGCCGUGCCAGCGCGCAGGGCAGCCCGCUUCGGUGGUGAUGUCGCCUCGGGGUCACGUCCUCCCACCGGCCGGACUACAGACCACCCCAGUCCCGGAGCAGAGUCACCGCUGCGAGUCGGUGACACCUAGCCCGCCACCACCGCCUUCUUGCGGCCAAACGCCCCACAGCCAAAGCACUUCUUCCCCCGCGAGCAACCGUAAAGACCCAGUCGUUUACCCGUGGAUGAAGAAAGUCCAUGUAAACAUCGUGAGUGCAAACUACACAGGAGGUGAGCCCAAACGUUCACGGACGGCCUACACGCGCCAGCAGGUCCUGGAGCUCGAGAAGGAGUUCCAUUACAACCGGUACCUGACGCGCAGGCGCAGGGUGGAGAUAGCUCACACGCUUUGCCUGUCAGAGAGGCAAAUCAAGAUCUGGUUCCAGAACCGGAGGAUGAAAUGGAAGAAGGAUCACAAGCUGCCCAACACCAAGGUCCGCUCCGGGACAAACACCAACACAAACUCCCAGGCUCUAACCGGCUCGUAGAAGCGCUCUACCAGGACUUCUACAGCCUUGGUUCUUUGGCUCUUUGUCUGAUGUUUUCCCUUUUUCCUCCCCUGAUUUCCCCCUAAAAAAACUGAACGCAGAAUUGACAGCCAUGCUUGUAACCACGGAAACCUGCACUUUGGACCGGAAUAACGCCUU